AGCUAGUGACGACUGGAAUAUUAUUUUAAGAAUUUAGCAAAUUCAAAUAAUACAAUAAUUUAACUAUCAUUGAUUGAUGAAAAAAACUAAUCAUAAAUCAUAUAUUAAUUACAUUUAAAUAGUAUAUAAGAGCGCUCAACAAAACCUAAUAGCUUACAUCAAGAGGUUAGCUUAUGAAUUUGUGGCUUUCAUAAGUGAAACUGGAAAUGAACACAGAAAAAAGGAACGGCCGUGGACGAGGCAGAGGUCGUGGUCGCGGAAGAGGUAGGGGUAGAGGCAGAGGUAGAGGUAAAAAAGUUCCUAAAGUAAUGUCCAGUGACGAAGAGGAAUGUUCUGUAGAAGAAACCUCACAAGAUGCUGAAGAACCAGUAGUUGAGGAGCCUAAGGAAGAACCCGAACCGGUUGACCCACCCAAACUGGAAGUUCCCUCAGACAUAUCACAAUUAGAAGCACCAGUCUUCACAACUUUGCAAAGAGGACCACCUGAACCGAUGCUGCGACUCGAUUGGAGCCACCGAGCUACACUUAUUGGAGAGAAGGUCUUGAAUCCAAUGAUAUACUGCUGUGAUACAUGCUCCAAACCUAUUCUUAUUUAUGGAAGAAUGAUACCAUGCAAACAUGUCUUCUGUUUAUCUUGUGCUCGUGCUGAUCACACGCACUGCCCUCGGUGUAGAGAGAAGGUUCUCCGAGUAGAACAAACCGGUUUGGGCACAGUUUAUAUGUGCACACAUUCCGGAACACGUUAUGGCAAUACAGGAUGCAGGAGAACUUAUUUAUCGCAGCGAGACCUACAAGCACACAUCAACCAUAGACACGUGUCAUCCGGUAACACUGAACCGAAAGUAGAACCGGAAACUCCAUCUCCUUCCGUACCUGUGGUCAAACCUAUUACACCGAUGUCGGUGGGUACGAGCGACCCACGGGGGCACGGCCGACCCCGCACCAACCUCAUCACCGUGCCCAUACAUGACCACACUGACCAGCACAACUAUUACAACUAUUACACGCAGCCCCCGCCGUCCGUGACGUCGGUGCCGGUCCUGCAGUCGCUCAGCGUCCCGCCGCCGCCCUACUACGCGCCGCCGCCCGCGCCCCACGCACCGCACGCACCCCACGCACCGCACCCACCCCACCACUACGUGCCGCCGCCCGGUGGUACGAUAUCUACAGCAGUAAGCGGUGUGUCUCCUGUCCCGAACGUGACUCCAGCGAGCGGGGAGGCGGGGCGUUGGGGGGACGGCUACUCCGGGAGCUGGCCUCCCCCCCAUCCCUACUACCGGUAGCGGUACCGGACCACCAUACGCACGCGGUACACCAUGCGGAGGUUCUAAUCGACGAGAACGUGCGGGUUAUUGUCGUGCUUAAACGUCUUAAGUAAUAGUGCUGAAACAUUCAACUUGUCAGUUAUGUGAAAUAGAAAACAAAAUGUGUACCGAAUAUUGCAUACCGCUAGGUACAUCUGAUAGACGUGCGAUCGUACACGUGUGCAACAAAAUUUAUAAAUAGACAGCAGAUUAAAUACCUCCAUGAAUCUUAGUCAAAUAUUUGUGUACUAAAAUUGUGUUAGACAAAAGUGCUACUAAAAAUUGUGCAAAAUGAUUAAUAUACUACACAAGUAUAAUUUACACUUAAAUGUCGAGAAUAUGUGUAUAUGAAGUACUCAGUAACAAUGAUUACAAAAGUUCUGUGGAUUAUUGUAUUUUCAUAUGACAUUGUGCUCGAAUGGAAUGUACCUAAGUGCGUAAAAACAAACCAGUCAGACCUACUGAGAAGAUCCAAAAAUUUAAUCUGAUUCUUAUAUUAUUACAUUUAAAUAUAAAAUUAAAUGUGGACUUGUGAUGAAAUACUACAACAUUGUUAUUCUAGACAUCGGAGAGCAGCAUUACUGUAAAUAAGAAAUGGCUAUACUUAGUUGUCCUUGCACAGACGUAUUGAGACUCGAUUAAAUAUAACUGAAUAAUUAAAUUACAAGAAACUUAUACAAUUUGUCUGCUCAAUAGUUUAAGUUUCCGUUUUUGGGAGAAUAA